AGACCUUUUCCUUCCCAUCUUUUUCUUUCCUUCUUUUUUUUUUAUUUUUAUUUUUAUUGAUCAAAUAUCCAUUUCUCACAAUGUUCAUGUGUCGUUCCUUUCAGCGACUUAUCCGCUCCAAUUUAUUCAAACCCGCCUCAUCACGGACUUUCACGAGCGCCGCCUCUACCUCCGCGCCUUCGCCGCCGCGAAGCUGGACGCCAACGCCUUUUGUGACGGAAACAGUGGGAGGUGGUUGGCAUACUUAUGAUAUCUUUUCCAGGCUUUUGAAGGAACGGAUCGUUUGUCUCAAUGGCGAAGUCGACGAUACCCUCUCCGCCGCGAUCGUGGCACAGCUCCUUUUCCUAGAAGCGGAUAACCCUGAGAAACCGAUUCAUCUUUACAUCAAUUCGCCUGGGGGCUCUGUAACUGCUGGCCUCGCCAUCUACGACACAAUGAACUACAUCUCUGCCCCCGUCAGCACGAUCUGCGUCGGCCAGGCAGCUUCCAUGGGCUCACUACUCCUAUGCGGUGGCCAUGCGGGCAUGCGAUACUGCCUUCCGCAUUCAUCGAUCAUGGUGCAUCAGCCUUCGGGCGGUUACGCGGGACAAGCCACCGAUAUUGCUAUCCACGCUAAGCAGAUCCUACGCGUUCGUGAGCAAUUAAAUAAGAUAUACAAGAGACAUUUGACAGGGAAGAAGGAAUUGUCUCUGGAGGAGAUUGAGAAGUUGAUGGAGCGGGACUAUUUCCUCAAUGCGGAGGAGGCGGUAGAGAUGGGUAUUGUCGAUCAGAUUCUUGAUCGACGAGUGAAGCCUGAGGGUGAAGGGGGUGAAGGAGAAGGGAGGCCUCCUUCUAGCUAGUGUUUGCUUUUCUUUACGAUGAGGUGUAUAUACCCUGAACUAAAACAGAUGAUCUUGAGCUAAUUAUUCAAUACUGCAACAUUAAGGCAGUGGUAUCUAGCUAGAAUGCCUUGCAUCUUUUGAGCCUUCCUAAUUCUACCUACAUUUGAAGCUAAACUGAGAACAAACAGAAUCCAUGAGAAACAUUGAGACAACAGCAGAUAGUGGUUUUCCUACGAGAACAGCCCAAUCACCU